AUGGCUCCCGAAAUGUUUGAUAACUUGUUGCAUCUAGUAGGACCUAGACUUCAGAAAGAUAGAAGAGGAGGUUCACUGUCACCAGAUCAUCGUUUAGCAAUAACACUACAUUAUUUGGCUGAAGGAUGUUCCAUGCAAGAAAUAGCGAGAGGUUUUCGAAUUGGAAAGGCAACAGUCCAUGUCAUUAUAAGCGAAACAACCCAGAUUUUGUGGGAAAUUCUCAUGCCACUUGUAUUACCAGUACCAACAACAGAAAUGUGGAGAGCUAUUGCUGGAGGAUUUUAUCGAAGAUGGAAUAUUCCAAAUUGUGUAGGAGCUGUUGACGGCAAACAUAUACAUAUUCAGGCACCAAAUUAUUCUGGUUCAGAAUUUUUUAAUUAUAAAAAAGGAUUUAGCUUGGUAUUAAUGGCUACUUGUGAUGCUUAUUACCGUUUUGUAUUAGUUGAUAUUGGAGGAGCGGGCUCUAACCAUGAUAGUGUUGUAUUCCAGGAAAGUGGAUUUGGCAUGGCAAUGUUUAAUGGACAGUUAAAUUUACCAAAUGCUCAAAAUUUGCCAAAUUCAACUAUAAAAAUGGAACAUUUUUUUGUUGCUGAUCAGGCAUUUCCAUUACAUAAAAAUAUUAUGAGACCAUAUCCCGGUCAUCAAUUAGGAGAUGCAAAAAAUAUUUUUAAUUAUCGUUUGUCACGAGCCAGACGUACAAUCGAAAAUACAUUUGGCAUAUUAGUUCAAAGGUGGCGUAUUCUUCGUAGGCCAAUAAUAGCCAAUAUACAUUUAUGUGAAAACAUAACAAAAGCCACAAUUGUAAUACACAACUUUAUCCAAAGAGGUGAAAUGGAUAUACCAGCUUCUGAAAGUAAAUAUUGUGGAAUGGGACGUCGCGAUUACAUAGACGAAAAUGGAGUACUUCAUGCGGGAACAUGGAAUAAUGUUCCAUGUAAUUUACGCUCAGUAGGGAGGUUAAGUUCCAAUAAUGCCAGCCAAUGUUCAAAGGAAGCUCGAAACAUGCUGCAAGAAUAUUUCUUAUCAAAAGAAGGUUGCUUACCAUGGCAGUGGGAAUACGUGUCGCGGGGGUCACUUCCUGAAUAA